AUGUUCAUCUCAGGUAUUAAUCUGGAACGACUCGAGACAAUAGGGGAUUCGUUUUUGAAGUAUUCUGUUACUGAUUAUCUUUAUCACUCUCAUCCUGAUCAACAUGAAGGAAAACUGUCGUUUGCAAGGAGUAAAGAGGUAUCGAAUUGCAACUUAUAUCGACUUGGUAAGAGACUGGGCAUCCCAUCGUUAAUAGUUGCGUCCAAGUUCGAUGUGUAUGAUUCAUGGCUUCCUCCUUGUUAUAUGCCGAACAACAACUUUAAAGCACCGAAUUCAGAAGAUGCGGAGGAGCGUGAUAAAUUUAUCGAAGACGUUCUUGAUGGCAACGAGACUGUGCAAAAGCUGGUAGUUAGCUCUUAUGUUGUUGUUGCACCAUCUGUGAGCAGUACAGCACUUGAAGAACUACCUCCACUACCAUACAAUAUGCUGACACAGCAGUAUAUUAGCGACAAGUCCAUCGCCGAUGCUGUAGAAGCUUUGAUUGGAGCUCAUUUGCUUACAUUAGGCCCUCAGCCAACACUAAAAGUUAUGAAAUGGCUUGGUUUGAAGGUACUGACGGAUGAUGUAGUAAGUGCGGACCCACUAUUACGUUUCGUGAACACGCCUGAAUGUCCUGAUAUGGCAGAGCGUUUGCUGAAAGAUAUGUGGCUGCAGUUCAACUUUGAUCUAUUAGAAGAUAAAAUAGGAUAUCGUUUCAACAACAAGGCGUAUUUACUGCAAGCUUUCACGCAUGCAAGCUACUUCAAAAAUAGGAUUACUGGCUGUUAUCAGCGUCUCGAAUUUCUCGGUGAUGCAGUUCUUGACUAUAUGAUUACUCGUUAUCUAUUCGAAGAUGAGCGUCAAUAUAGUCCUGGAGUGUUGACCGAUUUGCGCUCAGCUCUUGUCAAUAAUACGAUUUUUGCUAGUCUUGCGGUGAAAUAUGAUUUUCAUAAGCAUUUUAUUGCCAUGUGUCCUGGCUUGCACCAUAUGAUUGAGAAGUUCGUAAAGUUGUGUAGCGAAAGGAAUUUCUUCGACGCUAACUUCAAUUCUGAGAUGUAUAUGGUGACAACUGAAGAGGAAAUAGACGAAGGUCAAGAAGAGGACAUUGAAGUGCCGAAAGCAAUGAGCGAUAUUUUUGAGAGCGUCGCUGGAGCAGUGUAUUUGGACGCUAAUAGAGAUUUGGAUGUUGUCUGGCGGGUAUUCUUUAAUUUAAUGAGGCGUACAAUCGAGGAAUGUUGUGCUUAUCCACCCCGUUCUCCGAUACGUGAACUCAUGGAAUUGGAGCCAGGCAAGACACGUUUCAGUAAAAUGGAAAGAAUAAUUGAGAGUGGAAAAGUUCGAGUAACGGUAGACAUUGGCAACAAGAUGAAAUUCACAGGAAUGGGUCGAAACUAUCGUAUAGCAAAGACGACUGCGGCAAAGAGAGCACUGAAGUAUGCUUACCGUUUUCUACUAUCUUCUAUGCGCAGUGUUACGCUGGUUCCUUUCUCUAUAAAUUUUUAA